CAAGCAGAUGUAAACAAACUCAGCUGUCAGUUGAAACUUUUCGCAAACACACGGAGAAAAAGUUGCAUUGCUUUCUUUCCAGUCGUUCAUCUCGCGAUUCUUCCGAUUGCUAGCGAUUUCCUGUCCGCCCCCCAUAAGCGUAGGUGAAAAUAGGAAAACGAAGCGGUGUGUAAGUGUGUCGGGAAGCAAGCAGCACAGGAAAUUAGGCGAAAUCGUAGGCGUAGGCACACAGUACGGCGAAGAAGAAACGCGCCUGGUUUGUCGCGACCAUUUCGGUUGAUUCACUCGAUGACGAACCAGCGCACGAUGUGUGGUUGGCCGGUGCGGGACCGAUAAAGGGGCUGCACGCUACACGCCCACCACCAUCCGCCAGCACGGUCAGCGCCUCCACCAUACGGAAGUAGACGGGCGGGCGUGGGCGUAGGAGGACGAACACACACAGCCACACACACCGUAGCAUUUACCAUUGAGCUGUGAGAAACAACAACAAACAAAACAACAACAACAACAACAAAACAAACAUGCAAAACCAAAAACCGGUACUGCACAUCCUGGUGGUGGGCUUUCACCACAAGAAGGGCUGCCAGGUGGAAUUCUCCUACCCACCGCUCGUGGCCGGCACGGAAGGGAAGGGCGAAUGUCCGUCCGGCUGGAAGUACCUGCCGACGCUCGCCCUGCCCGACGGCUCGCACAACUUCAGCAGCGACUUCGUCUGCUUCAACCUGCCGAGCCUGACCGAUCCGGAGCAGUCGGUGUACGGCAUCUCCUGCUACCGGCAGAUCGCGCUCGAGGAGGUCCGGAUACGGACGGCCGACCUGACGCGCAGCACGGUGCAGAAGUCGGUCUGCACGCUGCUGUCGCUGCCGAUCUACGGCUACGUCGAGGUGAAGCUGUCCCUGAUUGCGCAGGCGUUCUUCGAGCAGGGCGACUUCUCCGCCACCGAGAUACUGGUGAAGGCGUACGAGCAGCUGAACGCCUGCCUGGUGUCGCUCGAGCCGCAGGAGAUCGGCUCGACCCGGCUCCACUUUGUCGGCGUGCCGCUGCGCGAUCUGUUGCUGAAAUGGCGGCACAAAAUCUUAAUCCUCUUUAAGCUGCUUCUGCUGCAGAAGCGCGUGAUAUGCUACGGCUCGCCGGUGCAUCCUACGUGCGCCCUUAUACUCGGCAUUGCCUCGCUGCACCCGGAGCUGAUCAGCAAAGGCUUCCAGCAGGUGGCUUGCGUUAAAACUUCCCGGCCGAUGUCGCCCAUGCCCACCUUUAGCACGCCCGUCGAGGAGCAGCAUGGCGACGCCCCGCCGUGCCGGACAACGCUCCCGGCGAUCGUCACCGAGCAGGAGGCACCGCACGAGCAGAUCGCCCCCUGCCGGGAAGCAGACGAGCUGCUGACCGAUCCGGACGGGCGCAGUAUCGCCAGCGCCAAGGAGGCCGCCCUCGAAGAAACGACCACCUCCUCCUCCUCCUCCUCCAGCCCGUCGUCCGGGUCGUCGAUGGAGGCGGCGGGUGGCGGGGACGGCGCCGGCCCCAAUGCACGGCCGGCCGUCGCGCUGCUGCGCGAAACGAGCGUCGACACGAUCGCGUCCAACUUUUCCAGCCUGUACGCGAUCGAACCGUCCGAGUGGGGCGCCCCGCUGCGCAUCUUUCACGAGGGCGUCCUGUGCCUGCCGUACAUCUCGCUGCCGUACAUGGACCUGCUGACCGAUCCGUCGGUCAAGGGGUACAUGAUCGGUGCGUCGAACGUGCUGUUCCAGCACAAGCGCCAGCUGGCCGACGUCAUGAUCGACGUCGAGUCGACGCUCAUCGACGUGCUGGACGGGGAGACGAAGCGCGAGAUGCAGCUGAGCACGGAGGACCUGCGGUUCGUGGACUUUGUCGUGCGGCACGUGCAAACGCCGAAGGAGGACGCGGAGGGCAGCGAGGCGUGGAUACGGGACCAGCUGUACGGGUACAUGGUGGCGCUGCUGAAAACCUCCCUCAAUGCGGACGGCAGCAAAGAAAUUGAGCAUUUCAAUGCCCACUUUAUGGGUGCGUUUAAGGCGACCCGUUGCUAUGGCGACUGGCUGGAACGAACGGCGGGUGGGUCGGUGCCCGCCUUCGAGGGGCUCGGUGGGGGCCACCCGUUUGCCGGGACGCUCUCCGUUGCCGAUAUGAAGCUACGAAUCGCACAAACGAUGCAGAACAGCGAAAGUGGGCGCAAGCUGAACCAGGCCGUCACGAACACGAGUCGGGCGGUGGGCGGUGCACUCACCACCGCCAAGGGUGCAUUCUCCAGCUGGUGGACGUCGUUCACCGCGACCCCGCAGGGCGGACACAUGACAACGCAGGGCUGCUCGGAGCCACCGUCCCAGGACCCGUCGCCCACCGGUUCGGAUCAACUCGGUGCCGCAGACGACGACGCCGCCGCCGCCGCCGCCGACGAUGGCGAUGGUCGGGAGCAGCGCAAUCGUACCAGCGAGUCGGCCGAGGCAACCGGCUCGCCCAAGCACGUCAUAGCGACGGCCGAGGUGGCGGCUCAUCCGACCACCAACAACAGUGUGGUCGAGAUUGGCCGGGAAGCCGAGCUGCUCGACAGAGGGACGUCGACGGCGACAAUAAUGGCCGGCGAGGCCGUAACCGACCAGACGAACAUUCCGCGGCGCACAUAAAAAUACAGCGACAUCAUCUCAGCUUCGGCUUCGCUCUCAACGGAACUGCAGAGAACCGCAGAGUGUUUUGUUCUCUUUUUUUUUUGUGCGAGACAAGGGAAGGACAGGACCGCCCCCAGAUCUCAGAUGGCUCGCGAAGCAGCCCGCAAACCCUUUUUUGUUCCUUGUGUUUUACCCUCCCAACCACACACACACACACACUCUCGUACGUACGUAUAUAUAUAUUUACAAAAAAAUGUAUUGUAAUACUGUAUCGCAAACGCAAACUCGGAGGAAUAUUAUUGCAGGAGAGCAGCACAAUCAGGCGCUGGAAAGCUUAAAGCCAAAAUGCGGCCAGUCACACCACUAGGGCGCGGGCGCUUGUGCCAUUCGUGCCGGUGGGGGGCAGAGGGUGCAGCCAUCGGAUCAUAUGUUUGCGCGUGACUCACUGAAGAGGUGAGGGGGGGGGGGAAUAUACUUAAUAAAUAUGGCAUACCACUGACGCACCGCGCCGCGCACAAUCUUGCCGACCAGAAGCCCAGGCCCGGGUCUGACCGAUCAAUGCUCGAAGUAAUCGUAUAUUUGUUUAACGCAUACUUACACUUAGCCGAAUGAGAGAAAGAGAUAAGGAGAGAGUGGAUGGUCGCUAUCCGACAGAAAGCGUGCACUUAGCGAUAUAAAAACAAGAGCGCCUAAACAAGGGCAUUUCGAACCGGAAGAAGAAUGCUUGUUGUUGAACCAAGGAAAGCGAGUGUCUAAUAUAAAACCAAUAAAAAAAAAACAAGUGUAUAGCGCAAA